AUGGAGCACCAGGAGGAAACUCAUAAGCUCAUUCAGGAGGCAACGGAGCUCGCCCUCAUUUUAAGCAGGCCUGGAAAUGCUGGACAGGCCCAGAAGGCUCAAGCUCUGCUCCAGGACCUACAGAAAUCUCCAGCAGGCUGGGUCAUUGCCGAUGGUCUUCUGGGAAACGAUGAAGCCGACAUUCGGCACAAUCUAGAUAAACAAAUGGUAAUCGAUUUGUUGGUUCGAUUGGUGGACUGCUUCGUACAUAUGGUUGGCAGGAACGAGGCCUCUGUCGUCAUGAGGAAAUUCAUUACAAGUAUGACUGCAAUGUUUUUCAAACGCGAAGCUCCAUGGACAUACUGUAUUCGCCAUGUCGCUACCUCUUUAGCAAAUGGCAAAUACUUAUCAGAGGAGCAGUCGGAUCAGGAGAGCUUUCAGAAUCGUGUUCUGCCUGCCCUAAACUAUGACCGUCUUUUGGCAGUGAUGUCUUUCUCCACCAUGCUAGCAGAGGAAUCCACGCGUUAUUCGUCUACAAGCGCCUUCCACCGGGAUAGACUGGUCGCAAACUUGAAUGAUGCGUUUUUCCUCAUCAAUUAUUCAUUUCACCGUGCGAUGAAUAGUGUAGAGGUCCCUGUUGAUGGCGCGAUAUCUGAGCAGUCGAGAAACACUAUUCAGCAGGCGAUUGAAUCUCUCCACGCAUGGAUAUUUGCUAUGCGAAGCAUUCGGCUAGAAAAAUCUGCUGUCGUCUCCGCCGUUAAUGCCCCCUUAACUUGUGCCGUUCGAUUUCUUUCUACGCCCAGUCUGUCAGGUCCGGCAACGGAUUUGAUACUUGACCUCCUUAUUAACCAACCAACUUUACUCGGCGCGGGGCAUUUAUCACACAUUCUUGACUUCCUAAUUGGCCCGGAAGGGCAACAACACGCGCUUUGCACUCUGAAGGGCGACUUUGGCGACGACCAGAUGCGUUUCCUGGAACUACUCCUCAAAUUCACUUCUUUAGAUGAACAAGUGCGAAUUUUCACGCUGCCUUCAGACGAAAAAGAAGAACGUCUCUUGUUCUUAUUAUUUAAAUUAUUUCAGGCUCCAGGGUUUGCAGCAGUAGAUGAUGUGGCAAGCAGCCUUCUUAUUGAAUUUUGGACCGAGAUUGCUGAUGCCGUAAACGAUUUGAUUAUAGAAGGGGCAUUUGAUGAACCGACCUCGAUUUCAAAAGCCAAUUUCAGUCGUGUCAUUGACGAAUGUUUCGAUAAACUAAUAUUCCCUGAUGCAGAGACGUUAAGCGACUGGGAGGACGAUGAUGUGAAGUUGUUUAACGCCUUUCGAAGAGAUUUCAGUGAUUUCCUGCUAGCAACGUAUCCGAUUCUAGGAGUGCCUGUCAUUCAGCAAAUCCAGGAACGGGCGGCGACUGCGAUAAGCAAUCAGGAUUGGGCAAGAUUCGAGGUCGCUAUGUUUUGCCUAGCAUCUCUGGCAGAGAGUGUUGCAGAAAACAAGCACGCUGACGAUUUAUUACACGCGCUUUUUCAGUCAGAAAUUUUCCGCACAAUAUGCUGCGACCCCACAAGCAUUCCACUAAAGCCACGACAAACGCUUUCCGACCUGAUUGCCAGGUAUACUGUUUAUUUUGAACGGAACCAUGGCCUUCUUCCCCCGGUCUUGAACUUUCUAUUCACUUCAAUGGAAUCCCCUAGCUGCGAGCAAGCGGCUGCAAAAUCAGUGGCAAUUCUCUGUAGCACCUGCCGGAAUUCCUUGAUACCGUACAUUGGCGAAUUCCUCGACAAGUAUUACCAGCUCCAGACCCAUACCUCAACUAGUAACCAUGCUCUCGAGAGGGUUGUAGAAGGAAUAUCGUCAGUUAUCCAAGCACUCGAUUCUGACCCGAAAAAGGUUGAAUAUUUAAUUAAACUGCUAGACCCUCUUUGUCAGGAAGCCAGCGCAGCUUGUGAAAUGGCCCGUAAUGGGCAGUUGGAGGUAGGACUUGCAAAAGGCAUUGGAGUCAUGGGCUGCACAGCAAGUAUUGGCAGAGGCCUGCGUGCCCCUGACGACUUGGUUAUUGAUAUUGAUGGGGAAACAAAUGGUGAUGUCAAGAAGGCAAACUUUUGGAGUACGGACCCGUGCGGCCUUGCACCUCAAAGUCGCAUAGUCAGUAUUCUUAAGCAGCUCAUGAACGAGUUUUGCGCCGACGGUGACAUUAUCGAGGGCGUUUGCAACGUUCUGAAAGCUGGAUACACCGAACAAUCGCCAGGGCCCUUUGUACUACCUCCGCAAGUCACAGUUCACUUUGUGAAGGCGGUCAGUAUGGCAUCGCCUCGAUUUCCCGUUGUUAUGGGAACAGCAUCUGCAUUUCUGGCGUCGCAAACUAGCAUUCCAUCGCAAAUCCACAAUGACGUCGUCGAUCUUAUUUUGCACGUUUAUCAUCUAAUGUCUCAAAUGGCGCAGGAUGCAGAAAAAUAUGAUCCAGAAGCGUCUAGUUGUUGCAUUGAUUUUUUGACACGACUGCUUCCAAAAUACAGCGACAUUUUUUUUAGUCUCACUGGAGGAGAUCCGUCAGAAGCACCGUUGGUCGUUUCUACCGUUCUCCAUUUUACGCUUUUUACACUCAGGGGCCCAGACACUCUCCCACUGCGCGCGUCCUGCGCUUUCUGGGCUGCUCUGCUCUCGUUACCGAAGUUACCAUCAACUUUUAUCCCUAGUAGUCAACUGCAAGGACGAGAUGGUGGAGCUUCACCUAGCUUAUUCGACGCCUUUUUGUCCCAGCUGGCAGAGGUAGUCAUAUAUCAAAUCGCAGGACGGUGCGCUCGGUCCGAACUCGACCAUUUCAGUGAAAUCAUCAAGAAAUUUGUGUUUAAGCAUCAGGCCGCGGCAAAAAUUCAUUUAGGAAAUGCACUCACAUCGAUGUGUGCUGUUCCAGCUACCCCACAGCCAGAAAAUCUGAAUGCAAAGCCGGCAAUGUCCGCGGCCGCGCAGGAUAGGGUUUUGUCUUCCAUUUUGCUGUUAAGAGGAGCGCGUUCAACUAAUACUGUUGUCAAGGAAUACUGGGUAGCAUGCCGGGGAAAAGGGUUUGCCUAUACAUGA